GACAGGGCCGUGCGCAGCCGUUUCCGUAGUACGGAGCUGCAGAUGGAGCCUCCCCCUGGCGCUGCAGAAAAUUCUAAGCUGAGACAUGUAGAAAAAGAUGUUUUGAUUCCACAAAUAAUGAGGGACCGCGCCAAGGAGCGGUGUUCAGAUCAAGUGCAAGCAUUUACUAAGUGCUGUCAAGAAACUGGUUUUCUGAUGGUGGUGAAGUGUCGGCGGGAGAACACGGCACUGAAAGACUGUCUGGUUGGCUACUAUGAUGAUCCAUUAUUCUAUGAAGAAUGCAAAACAGAGUAUUUGAAGCAGAGAGAAGAAUACAGAAGAACUGGAAUUAAGAAAAAAAAGCAGAAGGUCACUUCAAAUGUAUAGUUAAAACUAAAAAAUUAACUUUUCAAAUUUCAUAUCCAACUUUGAUUUAAAAGGGACUUAAGUCAUCUGUACCCUCUGUGUGGAAUUUAACUGAAAUACACAAAAUGGGAUGAAUGGAGAAUAAAGUGAACUUUGACCUUAAAAGUCAA